CGAUGGCGCCAGUGUCGUGUGCAUGUCACGUCACGUCGCAGCGGAACUUUGGCUCUGGACUGCCAUGAACCUUAAACGGCGCGGGGGGCAGCAUCCUGCGGCCUGCAGCUCCCACGGCAUCAUAUAAGAUCGGCACGCCUGCUGCAACCCCGAAUUGCGAUUUCUUCACGCAGCCUCUCCCUCCACUCGGCUUCGAGGCAAUUCGCAACCAUGGGCGUCCUCGAUAACUCCUCCCACGAGGAGGCAGCUCCCAAGGAGGCUCAGGACCAUGUCCACGCCAAGACGGCAGCACGCGACGAUGUCGAGGUCGGCGAGGUCAAGGAAGAAAACAAGUAUGCGUACGACGAAUCGCGCAAGCUGGGCAUUACGGGUGCCGUCUUCCUCAUCCUCAACAAGAUGAUCGGCACCGGUAUCUUCUCGACACCCUCUAGCAUUUUCGCAGCGACGGGGUCUGUCGGUGUGAGUUUGAUACUCUGGGUGAUCGGUGGCUUCCUCACCUUUUGCGGGCUCAGCGUGUGGCUCGAAUUCGGCCUGGCCAUCCCGCGGUCGGGCGGCGAGAAGAAUUACCUGGAAUACAUUUACCGCCACCCCAAGUACCUUGCGACCUGCAUGCUCGCCUCGCAGAUGAUCCUACUUGGCUUCUCGUCCGGCAACUCUCUCGCCUUUGGUCGUUAUAUCCUCUACGCGGCGAGCGGCGAGCUCAAUGAUACCUACGCGGCACGUGGCGUUGGCGUCGCAUGCGCCACCUUUGCCGUCGUGCUGCACGCCGUGGCACCGAAAUGGGGUGUCCGGCUGUUCAACGUCCUGGGUGUCUUCAAAGUGGCCGUGUUGCUCUUUAUCGUCUUCUCCGGCUUUGCUGCGCUGGGAGGACGCCGCCUGGUGCCGGACCCCCACAACUUUGACAACGCCUUCGCCAUUGAGAGCGGCGAGGGAUACGGAGGCGGCGGCGCGUAUGCCUACUCCAACGCCCUGCUCAACAUCGUCUACAGCUACAAGGGCUGGGAAAAUGCAAACUAUGUGCUCAGCGAGAUCAAGGACCCGCGACGAACCCUGACCAUCGCGGCACCGCUUGCGGUUGGCGGCGUGACGGUCCUGUACGUCCUUGCCAACGUGGCCUACUUUGCCGCCAUCCCGAAAUCCGACCUGGCGACCUCCGAGGUCAUCGUGGCGGGCCUCUUCUUCCGGAAUAUCUUCGGCGACAGUGCCGGCGCCCGCACCCUCCCCGCCUUCGUGGCGCUCAGCAACCUGGGCAACGUGCUAGCCGUCAGUUUCGCCCACGCCCGGCUGAACCAGGAGCUCGGAAAGGAGGGUCUGCUCCCGCUGAGUCGGUUCUGGGGGUCCAACAAGCCGUUCAACUCGCCUGCUGCUGCCGUAAGCCAACCCCCCCUCUUCCUCCACUGGAUCGUGACCAUCAUCGUGCUGCUCGCGCCGCCGCCGGGACCGGCGUACAACUUCAUCGUCAACCUGUACACAUACCCGGGCGCGUGGAUCAACAGCUUCGUCGCGGGGGGGCUCAUCUACCUGCAGUACCAAAAGUCGGAGCCGUGGAACCCGGGCUGGCGGACCUUCCUGCCCGUCACCGUCAUCUUUUUGCUGUGCAACGCCUUCCUGGCCAUCGUGCCCUUCAUCCCACCGGCCGACUUCUGGGCGGACGGCUACCCGUACUACGUGUUCCCCGUUGUGGGCGUCGGUGUCUUGCUUUUGGGCGCUGUCUACUGGGCGCUGUGGACCAAGUUCUGGCCGGCGGUGCGCGGGCACAAGGUUGUGGCGGACCGGAUUAUCGAUGAGAGGAAUGGGGAGGAGGUGAUUCGGUAUCGCAAGGUGAAGACGCAUGUUGCAUGAGUGUUGUUGUCUACCAACCUGGUGUUUCGGGGUGAUGGAGGGAGUGUCGGGGGUUUGUGGCAGAAGGAAUA